AUGCAUUCAGAACCUGUCACUUCUCAAGUUGGGCCAAUCCCUCGACAUCUGUCAUUCACAAAAGUUAAUAGACGUGCUGCAGCAAAGCAGAAAAAGGUCAAUAUCUAUACCCCUCAGCUUCCAAAGGCAUCAAGCAGUGUUCACGAGACAUACACCUUUAUCUCUCGAAAACAAGGGUUCACAGCACACAGAUCUCAUGUCACCAUGAAGCCUAGUACAUCUUCAAUCCAAUUUGCCGAAGCAAUGAACUCGUUAAUGACCGACUCACACAUGAACCACAACUUUUCAGAUUUUACUGGUGCAGACAUAGAGACUGAAUGUUUGGAGACUGAAGAUAAUCGCAAACGCAAACGCACAGCUGGUGAUCAUCCUCUUCUAUCAUGGAAAGCUGAACGUGACACAUUCCUACUCGAGCUUCUGCGGCAUGAUGGACGGGGCGACUACAUGAACCUUUGUAAAUGGACAGGAUCUUCAUUUGCUGCUCUGUCACUCAAACAGCUCAGGUUACGGGUACAACUUGGCCAUCCGAUUGGAGAGGAGUGCCUAUUACCCCGACAGGCAUUUAAUGACGACUUCACACUAAUUCACACCAAUGGUAUACACGAAAUUGGGCUUGAUUACUGUGGUUGCGACACUGCGCAGACACAUACAAUGCAGCUACUUCGUGCAGCUUGGUUUCCGGCAACUACAUCAGAACCCUGA